ACCAGGGGUAUACUGAAAAAUAGUAUCCCGGGUUCGUAUCAAGUUCUGAAAGACAAUGUAACCUAAAUGGAAGAAAGGGACAUACAUCUGUUACAAUUGAUACCAUUGACUAUCACAAACGCCACAAAUAAUGGAUAUUCGAUACCAGGAGCAGUACAAUUGAGGAAAGAGUGUGUGUAUUUACUCAGCAAUAUGGAGCAAGAAUAGGUCAAGGGAGCAGUCUUAAUGGAUUGACUGAAGAGGCUGAAGACUGUGCACACCAGGACACUUCAGGGUUCCCAAGUUUCCUUACAUGCAGCAAGUGUGUAGUAAACAGGGAGAGAAAAUGAGCUUCUUAGUGAAUGUAGCUGAAGGACAUGCAGAUGCGUGCCUGUCUGAGGACAAUAUCUACCAAAUAACUUCAUUGUACUAUUUAGCUGAUACAGACAGCCUUGAACAGCAUACAAAUGCUGAAGCUGAGCAGGAGCAAAGUACUAGUGAAAUAGCAGAAGUUCAAAAUGCUGUGUUCAAUAUUUUACCAACCGAUCAUGUUGUUGCUGUCAACCAAAGUUCAGAAAAUGCGGGUAUGGUUUCUGAACAAAUCUGUGUCACAGAAUACCCUCUUCAAUGCAUUGAAGUAGAAGAGACACCUACAAGUUUGCAGCACUUUGCUGAAGCCCAUAGAGUGGAAGAUGUAUUACCAAAUCAGGAUGAUGUCAUGCCACAAAGUACACAAUGGUUGGAGUAUUCUUCUGACAUUCUUUUAGACCAUUCAUACACUAGCACUAAUCAUUCUAGCAAAAAUAAAUGUGUACCGGCUUCCCUUACUCUUGAAUCUAGAUCACUUGAACAAGUGGAGAUGGACUCUGCUGUACAUGUAUCAGACUGGACUGAUGUCACGUCAAAUAAACCUAGACAAUUUGAUGAGAUGAAAACAUAUAGUUUUGAUGCAAAAUCAGAUGUUAGUGCUGAUGCCAAAAAGAUCACAGAAUGUACUGAAAGAGAUAUGUUGUCUGAAGCUAAUUUGAUUGUACCUGGGACUGUCUUGACAACUGAUUAUAAGGACACAUUAGGUAUUGAAAAUGAAGACAGGGUAAAAUCUAAAAUCUCUGGUGACAGGCUCAUGCAUACUACCUCUUUAGAAAAUGAUCAAACUUUCAUAAAUGUCGAGACAUUAGGCUUUCAGGAAGUAAGCUUAAUCGAUAAGGAAUCGCAUAUCGAGAGUGAAUUUAUCCUUCAGGAAAAUGAAGAGGGCUCUAACAAACCUAAAAAUGCUGUUAAAGGUGGGCGUAGAGACCCUGAGAACCCAUAUGCAGUUACUUCACCGAUAUUUAGAGAUUCAGCUGGUAAAGCAAUUCUCACCACUGUGCAUGAUACUACUGGAACGACAGUGACCAUUUCUAUAAUGAGUAUCGGCAGCAGCGAGAAACUUAUUCCUGGAAUAGUUAGUUCUGAUGCUGCCCAAGGGGGUGUCAUUAGACUGGCCUCAUCCCCAAGAAAACCCUGCAGUAUAAGAGUGCUACAUAAAAAUACCAAACCUUCUAAUGGGAACCUAAGGCAUGAUUCUUCGAGUGAGAUAGACGAACCUUUGUCUGAAGGACUUACAGUAUUAGACAAAACUACUAUAGAAAGACUAGAUGUUGAGGUACAAGUAGAUGAUACUCAGUGUGUAAAUGAAGGCAAAUCAAAGAGCUGGCAAUGCAAGUUGUGUUCCAAAUCAUACCGCACCAAGCACAACCUGGUCACACACAUUCUGGAGCACGGGGGUAUCAAGCCGCACCUGUGUCUGGUGUGUGGGAAGUACUUCCGGCAGCUGUACCACCUCAACAUCCAUCUUCUGCAGCAUGACCACCUCAUGCCAUACUCUUGUGAGGUGUGCGAGCGUAAGUUCACCCAGCAGGCACACCUUGUCCGUCACAGACUCACACAUACCGAAAGUCAGGCCAAUUUCUGUGAGAUCUGCUGUAGAAACUUCAGUUCUGAAUUGGCCCUACAUGCUCACAAGGAGAAACAUGAUGUGCAGCAGUGUGUUGUUUGUGGGGAGACUUUUACUAGUAAAAAACGCCUGGCAGACCAUAUGGAGAUGCAUGGUGCCUUUCCAGACCUGGACUGUGACAAGUGUGAUCUCACUUUUGAGAAUCACCAGAAGCAGGUAGAUCACAUGAUGUCAGUCCAUAACACACGGCGGCCAUGGACGUGUCAAAAAUGUGGAAUGAACUUUCCCAAGGAAGGGCAACUGAGGGCCCACCUGUUUACCCACACAGGGUCCCACCCGUACACCUGCCCAUACUGUGAUCGUUCCUUCAACCAGAAGGCAAACAUGAUGAGACACUCCCUUGUACACAGUAAGAGGCGCAAUUUCUGCUGUAAAUUCUGUGCAAAGACAUUCACCCAGCCACAGAUCCUGAAAACACACCUGCUUACUCACUCCAAGGAAAAGCCAUUCAAAUGUGAAAUUUGCAAUCGUGGUUUUUCACGAAAGUACAACCUCAACAGUCACAUGCACAUCCACAACGAUUCUCGGCCUUUCUCUUGUUACCUGUGUGGUGCUGCCUUCACACUCAAAGAAAACUUUUUGCGUCACAAGAGAAACAUCCACAAGUUGGGAGAGAUGGAGGAAGAUGCUGUGGAUUUUCUGACAGGCAGAUCUCAUGCCGGCUGCUUGAACAACACGGAAAACCUGGACCCUGGUAACCCCUUGGAUGGACCAGCACCUGGCUACAAUAUGGACGGGACUCAACUGUGGUGUUCGCCACGAAAACAUAGAAGACGAAGGAAGGCCAGGAGCAUGCGGAGUAAAAGGAAUGAUGGAACAAUUACAAUAACAAACUAGUUGUUGCAAGACUAACUUGAAAAACAAAUUUAAGAUAAAUGUAAUCCAAAUUUUGUAAAAAAAUAACAAUAAAAAAUCUCAGAGAAAGGAUAUAUUAGAAGGCCAACUUCUCUUUUUAAUUGUUUCUCUACAAUUCAGAAGUUUAAUAAUAAGAAACAGGUAAAAAUGUACCUUUUAUGGAAAUCAAAACCUAAGGCAUUUGAAACCCAAAAGCUGGUGGUGAGCAGACUGCUCUAGAGCUGCCCACCACCAAUUGUUUAUCCCAUAAGAUGUGUCCAUAAUGGGUGAUAGACUUAAGUUGACCUGUAUGUCUGAGGGUCAAAAGUUUAAGUUCCAUUACAGUAGUUGUCCACAGAAGACACUGCUCACACAUUUUCAGACAGCAAACAAUACCAACUUGUAAGGAGUCUUUUAUUGUUUAGUUCACAGGAUGUUAUGGUAUUUACACUGUACAUAUCCAAUGAAUACAUGAAGACAAUCCGAAAAAACAUAUAAACCUAACUGAAAAUAUUUUUAAAAAGAUAUUAAUCAGGAUGCCUUGUCAAAGUAUUUUGUUUGUGUUACAUUGUUUUCAUGUCAUCAACACAUCCAAAUUACACUUUAUCAUUGUCGUUAACAUUAUUUUUCAAAAUCACAUACAAGUUAA